AUUCACUCUAGCGUUUUCUGGGAUGAUGAUGCUUGAAACGUCGUUACAGGCUUUGUUGUUGAAGACAGCGUUUGCAACUUCGAAAAUAAUCUUUGAAAGUAGAAUCAAAGGACGUCACCUACUUGAUGGUAUGUGACUGCAACAGUCUCAGUUCGUGGAUUUUGCGAAGUGUGGUGAUUUCGAUUAGUCAGCGCGCACGACAGCAAUCAAUAGCAGCUACUUCGUUUUUUGCGCCGACAGCUACGCCCGUUAGCUGGUCAUCGCUGACCACAAUGAAUUCUGCAUACUUCGCACUUCGUUUUGGAAGAGAUGUCGCGAAGAGCCUUUCUCUUAACCGCGUUGUUGCUAGUAUACCUCACAAAUCUACUUUUCUGUUCAGAAGUUAUUCCUCAUCUACAAUGCCUAUCUCCGAGAGCACUUACAAGACUAUAUUCGAUGCUAUAGACGCUCGACAGGAAGAGUUUGUCAAAUGUCUCAAGGAAGCUGUCGCUAUCAGAUCAGUGUCAACAGAGCCGGAACGUCGACCUGAUUGUGUGAAAAUGGUCGAGUGGAUGAAAAAGAAACUUGAAGAUGUUGGGGCCAAAACCCAGCUCGUUGAAAAUGGGAAACAAAAACUUCACGAUGGCAGGACCAUUGACCUGCCUCCGAUCUUGUUUGCUGUUUUAGGAGACGACCCCAAAAAGAAGACUUUGCUUGUUUACGGUCAUCUAGAUGUCCAGCCAGCUUAUAAAGAGGACGGAUGGAAUACAGAUCCUUGGGUACUCACGGAAAUUGAUAAGAAAUUUUACGGAAGAGGUUCGACUGACGACAAAGCCCCUGUUAUAUCCUGGGUACACGUAAUCAGCGUCAUGCAGCAAAAGAAAAUCCCCCUUCCUGUCAACUUGAAAUUUGUUUUCGAAUGUAUGGAAGAAGAUGGUUCGCAGGGACUAGAGGAAGCGCUCAAGAAGCACAAGGACACUUUCCUCAAAGGAGUGGAUAUGACGUGUAUCGCGGAUAACUACUGGCUAGGAAAAGAUAAGCCAUGCAUCACUUAUGGGCUCAGAGGUCUUUGCUAUUAUUUCAUCGAAAUAAGCUGUGCAAAGCAAGAUCUCCAUUCAGGAUCUUAUGGAGGAAGCGUGCCGGAAGCCAUGACAGACUUAGUGUGGAUUUUAUCACAACUGAUUGACAAAGAUGGCAAGAUCAAGAUACCCGGCAUCUAUGAUACCGUUGCACCUUUGACUAGCGAUGAGAAAGCCCUUUAUUCGAAGAUCGAUUUUGACCCUGAAGAAUACAGGAAAGAAAUCGCCGCACAUGGACUCCUUAAGAAGACCAAAGAAGAAGUGCUGAUGAGUCGUUGGCGAGAUCCAUCUCUCUCUAUCCAUGGCAUAGAAGGUGCAUUCGGCAGUCCUGGAGCAAAAACGAUCAUCCCUUGCAAGGUGAUAGGCAAAUUUUCGAUCCGAAUAGUACCCAAUAUGGUUCCGGCAGCAGUAGACAAACUUGUUAUAAACUAUCUGAAUGACAUAUGGGCAAAGCACGGGUCCCCCAAUCAUUUCAAGGCGAGCGCACAUCACAAUGGUAUGCAUUGGCUCGGUAAUUACAAGGACCAUAACUUCCAAGCUGGAGUACGUGCCAUCAAAAGAGUGUAUGGUGUUGAGCCUGAUUACACUCGUGAAGGUGGGAGCAUCCCCAUCACUCUUGCAUUCCAGGAGCUGACUGGAAAGAGUGUUAUGUUGCUGCCAGUUGGCGCCGGCGACGACAUGCCUCAUUCACAAAACGAGAAGAUGAAUCGCUCCAAUUUCAUCGAGGGCACAAAGAUGAUGGCUGCCUAUCUGCUCGAAAUAGCCGAAUAAACAGAACUGGCGUUCAAAACUGAGCGUACCUCAACAUAUCACUUCACGUUCGAAAUCCAUAGAGUUUAUAAUUUAUGUUUGCAAAAAAGAGAAACACAAGAUAAAACAUUCCAUAUUGG